UCCCCUCGCGACCGCGAAGGGCGCCGCGGGCGAUCCGGACCGGCUCUCCGGGCGCAUGAUCAAAGGGGCCGCCCCCUCCCCACUCCCCAUCUGAUGCCUGUGGCCCGUACGGGGCUGGGUGGAGUGUGUCUGGCGAGGGCGUGUGAAGCCGAAAGAAUAGGAGCCAGAGAGCUUCCGGAAGAGGAAACUAGCUAGUAUCUAAUUCUUUGCAAGCUUUGCUGCCCUAGUCAUCUCCCCAGCAUAUUCUAAAAGGUGGACAAGUCCUCUUUUCAAGAGAAGAUGACUUUUAACAGUUUUGAAGGAUCUAAAACUUGUGUACCUGCAGACAUCGAUAAGGAUGAAGAAUUUGUAGAAGAGUUUAAUAGAUUAAAAACUUUUGCUAAUUUUCCAAGUAGUAGUCCUGUUUCAGCUUCAACACUAGCACGAGCUGGUUUUCUCUAUACUGGUGAAGGGGACACCGUGCGGUGCUUUAGUUGUCAUGCAGCAGUAGAUAGAUGGCAGUAUGGAGACUCAGCAGUUGGAAGACACAGAAAAGUAUCCCCAAAUUGCAGAUUUAUCAAUGGCUUUUAUUUUGAAACUAAUGCUGCGCAACCUACAAAUUCUAGUGUCCAAAAUGGUCAAUACAAAGCUGAAAACUAUCUGGGAAACAGAAAUCAUUUUGUUUUAGGCAGGCCAUCUGAGACUCAUGCAGACUAUCUUUUGAGAACUGGACAGGUUGUAGAUAUAUCAGAUAACAUAUACCCGAGGAACCCUGCCAUGUCUAGUGAAGAAGCUAGAUUAAAGUCCUUUCAGAACUGGCCAGACUAUGCCCACUUAACCCCAGAAGAGUUAGCUCGUGCUGGACUCUACUACACAGGUAUUGAUGAUCAAGUGCAGUGCUUUUGUUGUGGUGGAAAACUGAAAAAUUGGGAACCUUGUGAUCGUGCAUGGUCAGAACACAGGCGACACUUUCCUAAUUGCUUCUUUGUUUUGGGCCGGAAUGUUAAUAUUCGAAGUGAAUCUGAUGUCGUGAGUUCUGAUAGGAAUUUCUCAAAUUCAACAAAUCCUCCAAGAAAUCCAGCCAUGGCAGAUUAUAAAGCACGGAUCAUUACUUUUGGGACGUGGAAAUACUCAGUUAACAAGGAGCAGCUUGCAAGAGCUGGAUUUUAUGCUUUAGGUGAGGGUGAUAAAGUAAAGUGCUUUCACUGUGGAGGAGGGCUAACUGAUUGGAAGCCCAGUGAAGACCCUUGGGAACAACAUGCUAAGUGGUAUCCAGGGUGUAAAUAUCUAUUAGAAGAGAAGGGAGAGGAAUAUGUAAGUGAUAUUCACUUAACCCAUCCACCUGAGGAGUCUGUGGUAAGAACUGCUGGAAAAACAACAUCACUAACUAAAAUAAUUGAUGACACCAUCUUCCAAAAUUCUAUGGUACAAGAAGCUAUACAAAUGGGAUUCAGUUUCGGGGACAUUAAGAAAAUAAUGGAGGAAAAAAUUCACACAUCUGGGAGCAACUAUAAAUCACUUGAGAUUCUGGUUGCAGAUCUAGUGAAUGCCCAGAAAGACAAUACACAAGAUGAAUCAAGUCAGACUUCAUUGCAGAGAGAGAUUAGUACUGAAGAGCAGCUAAGGCUCCUGCAGGAGGAGAAGAUUUGCAAGAUCUGCAUGGAUGAAAAUAUUGCUGUAGUUUUUGUUCCUUGUGGACAUCUGGUCACUUGUAAACAAUGUGCUGAAGCAGUUGACAAAUGUCCCAUGUGUUACACAGUCAUUACUUUGAAGCAAAACAUUUUUAUGUCUUAAUCUAACUCUACAGUAGGCGUGUUAUGUUCUUAUUACCCUGAUUGAAUGUGUGAUGUGAACUGACUUUAAGUAAUCAGCAUUGAAUUCGAUUAGCAUUUGCUACCAGGUAGAAAAAAGUGUAAACUGCAAUGUUAUAGUUGGCAAUCUAAAAUUUGAAUUUCUGGAUUUUUCAGGAUAUUAGCUGUAUUAUCUAUUUUUUUUUACUGUUAUUUAAUUGAAACCUUAGACUAAGAAGCAUCAUAUUGUAACUGAUCACACUAUGUGUUUGUUGUAAACUGACUUAGUUUCUAUGUGUAAGAGAAUUAAUCAACUGAACUUUUCAUUCUUUUCAGAUAGGCUUAACAAAUGGAGCAUUCUGUUUAAAUGUGGAGAUUAGAGUUAAUCUCCCCAAUCACAAUUUGUUUUGUGUGAAAAAGGAAUGAACUGUUCCACACUGGUGAAAAGAUAGAGAUUAUUUUCAGAUGUUUGUCUUUGUGUUUUAGAAUUCUGUCCAUUUUCUUUUAAAAUUUUACACAUGUACUGGGUAGCUGAUUUAAAAAAUGAUUUUGCUAUUGUUAAAAGGAUAUUUAAUAAUAGAAUACCAUCUAGCCUACAUGUACUAACAUAGAAAGAUGUCAAAGCUAUAUUAAGUGUAAAAUGCAAGUGGCAAAACACUAUGUAUACGAUGAGCCAAAUGAAGGUGUGUGUGUUUUGUAUAUGUAUAGGACAAAACAUUUGGAAAGAUAUGCACCAAACUGUUAAAUGUGGUUUCUCUUGAGGGGGUGGGGGGAUGGGUCCCAGAGGGGGUUUACAGGGGCCUUUCACUUUCUACUUUUUUCAUUUUGUUCUGUUUGAAUUUUUAAGUAUGUAUUACUUUUGUAAUCAGAAUUUUUAGAAAGUAUUUUACUGAUUUAAAGGCUUAGGCAUGUUCAAACGCCUGCAAAACUACUUAUUGCUCAGCUUUAGUUUUUCUAAUCCAAGAAUGCAGGGCAGUUAACCUUUUUGGUGCCAAUGUGAAAUUUAAAUGUUUAUGUUUUUCCUGCUUUGUGGAUGAAAAAUAUUUCUGAGUGGUAGUUUUCUGACAGGUAGACCAUGUCUUCUUCUCUUGUUUCAAAAUAAAUAUUCCUGAUUUUGUAAAAUGAAAUAUAAAAUAUGUCUCAGAUCUUCCAAUUAAUUAGUAAGGAUUCAUCCUUAAUCCUUGCUAGUUUAAGCCUGCCUAAGUCACUUUACUAAAAGAUCUUUGUUAACCCAGUAUUUUAAACAUCUGUCAGCUUAUGUAGGUAAAAGUAGAAGCAUGUUUGUACACUGCUAGUAGUUCUAGUGACAGCUUUCCAUGUUGAGCUUCUCAUGUCGUCUUGUAUCUUAAAGUUUCAUGUGAGUUUUUACCGUUAGGAUGAUAAGAUGUAUAUAGGACAAAAUGUCAAGUCUUUCCUCUGCCUAAAUUUUUUUUGUUUUCUUGACUAGUAAUAGUAAUAGAUACUUCUGAAAUAAAUGUUCUCUCAAGAUCCUUAAAAACCUCUUGGAAUUUAUAAAAUAUUGCCAAGAAAGGAAGAGUAGUUGUUUGAAUAUUAAAAAGAAAAGAAAAGAAAACUUGAGUAAGAAUCAAUAUAGAUAAAAAAUCUAAGUUUAAAAAUGCUUCAUAGAACAUCCAGGCUUUACAUCGCAAGAUUCUCACACAACCUGUUGUAGAGGUGAGUGAGACAUUUUACUGCAGAGAAAAGUUUAAGAGUGAAACUGUUAAAAAUUAUAUUUUCAUUGUAUUUUCUAAGAGAAAGAGUAUUGUCAUGUUCUCCUAGCCUCUGUUGAUUACAACUUUAAGUGAUAUUCAUUUAAAGCAUUGCAAAUUUAAAUGAGAAUUUUUUUAAUUACAUAAUGACUGCCCCGUUUUUGUUUUACUAUAUAAAUCCUCAGCUCUUUAACUUUGCGCUGUGUUCCACUUAGAUUUAGUUAUAUGUUCAUUAAGUUAAAUUUUACAUGUUUAGUCUAAGCUUUGAAUUUAAAUUACAAGGGGAGAAAAGUGUUAAAAGUUUUUAAAAUGUGUUUUCCAGGACACGUCAGCUCCAAAUCAGGUAGUUAGUUCAGUCUAGUUGUUGGCCAAGGACUGAAUUGUUUUAACAUAAGGCUUUUCCUGUUCUGGGAGCCUCAGUUCACUAAAACUCAUCUUUUAAAACUUGUAUGUUUAGAGUUAAGCAAGACAUUUUUUCUCCCCAUGAGUUGUGAAAUUUAAUGCAUGAGGCUGAUGUGGCUAACAAGUUUAUUUUAAGAAUUGUUUAGAAAUGCUGUUGCUUCAGGUUCUUAAAUCACUCAGCACUCUAACUUCUAAUCAAAUUUUUUAAGACUUACCGAUGUUUGUCUGUAUUCGCACUAUAAAAAGCACUGGAUCCUUCCCAUCUAAUUGUGCUAAAAGUGAUCACUUGCAAGGUCAAAAAUAUAAGCAGAUCCAAAUCUCUGCCUCUCUCUUUCCCAAAAUAGUUCUCAGUAUCUACAUGUAGACAUUCUUUUUCUGUAUAAAGUUCACUCUAAGAUUUUGAAGUCACCACCUAUUUUACUAUGUUUUAGUCACGUGAAGAGUCAAGCUGUUUUGUAAUAAACAGUUAUCUUUAUUCGUAAUAAUUUGGUGUGCUGAUCAAAAGCCUUGUGUUAAUUUUUGAGAAAUGAGUUUAAUGUUUAUAAGAUAAAUUCCAGUUUAUUAGUGAAUGGCUUUAUAUUGCCUUUCUUACUAGAUUUGUUUUUUUUUUUCCCCUUCGAUUAGGGGCAAAGAUGGGGUAGGGUGGAUAUAGUGAAUGUAUAUAAUGUGCUUUGGCCCUGUGUAUUAUGAUCUUUUGUGGAUUUUGUUGUUAUAGUAUUUAAAUUUGGGUAGUUUUUUUCCUGUUUUCAUUUUAGUGGAUAGAAUUUGUAUUUUGAACUCUGAAUGGAGACUGCCACCACGCAUUAGUUGCAUGUAUUGUACCCUUUUAGCCACAAAUCAGUGUUUUAUUUUCUGAUUACCCAGUUGUUGAAUGGCGAAGAGGGGUAGAGGGGUGAGAGAAAUGGGAUGGGUUGUGUAUCAUUUCCAUUAGAGAAAUAAGAAAACAGGAGAGAAUAUUUGACAGAUGUAGUUCUUUUUUCGCCAAAUCUGCUUUUUAAAAAAAGUUAGCCAUUUUUUCAUCUAGGAAAUGAGAAUAAUACCUGUCUUAGAAAGUUAUGAGAGUUCAAGGAGACCAUGUAUGUAAAAUACUUGCUAUAAAUGUUAAUUCUCUUUCUAACACUCUUUUACCCUGCAUGGGAUUACCUUGACUCUGGAAAUUUGGGCUGAAACUUAGAUGAUAACUCUUUCAGUGACACUUACUCAUCUUUUUUCGUGUUUCUCAUAGUUGAGAUGUAAAUUAUAAUGAAAAGGUCAAGCCCUUUAAAAACUUGAAAAAAUUAUCAAAUUUAAUUGAGCUUUCCUAAUAGAAACAAUUGACUUAUUCCCAUCUUCAUAAUCCGUUUCAAUUUGACUCUUAUACACUUAGCAUUGUGAAUUUUAUUUGCAGCAUAAUGGAAUCAGAGGGUGUCAGAGCCAAAAGCGACCUUAGAGAGUAUCUCAUUCAUCCCCCUUCUUUUACAGAUGAGGCAACUGAGGCUCGAAUGUGAAGUGAUUUGUUCACAGCCAUAUAGCUAAUUAGUGGCAGCCCAGACUGGGCCAUGGUUUGAAGGUGAAAAACUUUAAGCUCUCUCUCCUGGGAGCUCUCAAAUGUUUAUUUUUUUUCAACUAUUUCUUCUAUACCAUAACUUUCACUACAUAUUAAAUGACACUUUAUAACUAAUACAAUAGGACAAUCCUAAAUACAUAUAUCUUCCAAGUGUACAAUACUACAUUAAUGUUUGGGUGGUAAGAUUCUAUUUUGAAGUCUCAAAGUUGCAGGUAUUCGUAUAGAUUUUUUGGCAUUUACUACAUUCUUAUUGUAUAUCAUUAAUGUAACAUUUAAAAUUACUAUAUAUUUUGUCAUUUUGUCUAUACUUAAUAAUAGAUUUGCAUUUUUGAUUUGAUGUAACAAAGGCUUUAAUGUAAUUUCUGUUAGAAAAUGUUGCAUUUUUUCAUUACUGUUAUACUUUAUCUAACCCAACAGAAUGACUGAUUAUGUCAUUGUAUUAGUGUUGUGAAUAAUUAUGUGAAAUGUUUUCAGAUAGAGUACUAUAUUUGUGAAUAUAAUUUUAUGGCUUUUUUCAUUUAGUAGAAAUCUUUCCAUCAGUAUGGAAAACGAAGAAAAUUGCUUUCUACUGUAUCAUCUGGCAGUCGUCAUAGAUUAAAGCUUAUUUUUCUGUGAAUAAAACUUAUUCAAUAAAGUACUAUUCUUUAAAAUAUCUUA